UUCAUUUUAUUAGUUUAUAAUUGUUAGUUUAGUUUUUAGUUUUGUGUUCGUACCCUUCCGUUUUUAUUUUUAUCAAAAUGAGUCGCCUGAUGACCAGCAAGCAGAAGCGUGAAGUCGCCGAACGCGAACGCAGGGAAUGGAGCCGAAUGGAGCAGGUGAAGAAACGUGAGAAGUUUGGCUACUAUGGUCCCGCAAAAUAUCUGCGCAAAAAGACUGAACCUAAGCGCGUUAAAGAGCAGCACAACUUAUCGGAGGAUGAGGACGAGUUGGAGGAGAUGCGGGACUUUAUUGUCGAGGAAGAAGAGGAAAUUAGCUCCAAGCUGGUGUCAUCGCACAUCCGGCGAAUCUUUGGCUAUGACAAGCGUCGCUUCUCGGACGAGACGGACAUGGACUUGCGCCACAUGGACGCCAACUUUGAUCAAGUGCAGAAAGAGGAGCGCGCCAGCAUGCGGCUGGGCAGAAAGGAGGAUCGGGAGGAUAUGUGGCUGGAACGUGAGCAAAACAAGCGCAAAAAGAUGAAGCUGUCCAGUGCCAAAUAGAAACGAUUGUAUUGAUCGGAACAGAUUAAAGCUAUGCGUGCGGUGUGGUGUGUGUCGUGUGCUUCAGGA